UCGUAGGCACUUAGCAGUAGUCAGUACAUACUGGCUCGCUCUCCGUCGCGGACAUAACGUCUACCGCUGAGUAAUUAACUAUAGAUGAUCGUGAAUAUUUACUCUGUGUCACAAUGGUGUGCAGAAUAGCGCCAAAACCCGAUGGAUCAACGAAUGCAGGGAGCCCCCAGGAAUCACCAGAAAUAGCUGAUUACGAGACCACCUUGGAUGCAGCUGGUUAUGGCCGCUUUAGCCGGAGUGUACUUGUGGCCAGUGCUUGCUCCUUCUUCACGACGGGGGUCCAGAACUGCGUCAUGUCGUACGUGCUGCCAGCUGCCAGGUGCGAGCUGCAACUCACGACCUACCAGGCGGGUCUUAUCAACAUGGCCUUCAUGAGUGGUGGAGUGGCCAGUGCCUUCUUCUGGGGAAUCGUUGGAGAUGUCUUCGGGAGGAAAAAUGUUCUGAGCAUGACACUACUGGUCGAUUCUACGUUACUGCUAGCACAGAGCACAGUCACCGACUACCGACUCUUGCUGGCUGCCCGGUCUAUCAAUGGAUUUCUAAUUGGCGCGCCAUCAACACUGGUUUUCACGUAUCUGUCAGAUCUGGUUGGAGCGAAGAAACGUCAGAUUUAUCUUGAUAUAACUGGAAUGAGCUUUGUGGCAGCGUGGCUUAUAUUACCAGCUAUUGCGUGGCUAGUAAUACCUUUCAACGUGAACUCACAACCAACAUUAUGGCCGAUUUACUCCUGGAGGCUGUAUAUUGCCAUCUGCAGUAUACCAGGGUUCCUGGCUGGAAUAUGGCUUACAUUUCUUCCUGAGAGCCCUCGACUCUUGUCUGACACCAACAGGGGCGAGGAAGCCCUGAAGAUAAUGAAUUAUAUUAAUAAAAGUAAUAAUGGACUAGAUGCAGAAUUUAAGAUCAAGAAAAUUAUUCAAGACAGCAUAUUUGUAUCGAAAAGCGUGAAGGGUGAGGAAAAUAGAACCAAGGCCUUAUUUGUGAGCGUCCUCAAGGACCUGAAGAUGUUUGUCUCCAAAGCUUAUGCCGUCAAGUCAAGUCUAAUUUUAUUCAUAUUCUUUGCAAAUAUGGCCGCAGGUUUUGGCUUGAACCUUUGGAUACCAGAACUGUUGCUUCGUAUGCAGGGAAAGGAUUGCAAGUCAACGUCUCUUGAAUACAAAGUGGUCAACACAAGUCAUGCCUCCUGGAAAGACUUGCCGAAGAGGAUAGACUAUGGAUCGCAGGAGAGAUAUAACUACACUAUUGAAGUCAGGGGAGAACACUGUGAUGGAAAUAUUGAUCAUAGUGUAUUCACGUCUGGGCUGAUAGUGGGCGCGUGCUGCGUGCUUGGCAACGCGGCGUGUGCGCUGAUCUCGUCGCGGGGCGACGGACGCGGCGUACGGCGUGCGGCGGCCGCGUGCACACUGGCGUGCGCGCUCGCGUGUGUGUGUCUGGCGGCGUGCGUGUGUGCGUGCUCGUCGAGCAGGGUGGCCGUGGCGGCGGCUGCGGCGCUCAACGCGGCCUCGCUCAACGGCAACGUGCUGCUGAUAAGAUUGUUGCUGCAUGCGCUACCGGCUAAGCUAAGUGGCCUGGGUGUCUGCUGGGGCGCGUGGUGGGGACGAGCUGGUGGUGUGGCAUCAAACCUGGCUGUCGGAGUUCUCUUAGACUACUCUUGUCCGGCUCCGUUUGUCUCAGUUGGUGCUCUUCUAGCUUUGUCAAUAGGAGGCAUCAUGAUGCUGAAGUUAGAUGAGAGCGGUGCUGAAGAUGAAGACAAGACUGAGGAUAGUGAUAAGAAUUUAGGUUUAGAUAGAUAUAUAUCUACCCACAUGUAGAAAAAUAAGCCAUAUUAGUGUAUCAAUUUGUGUGCUUGACCAAUAUCAACAAAUUUGUAUGGACUUGUAAUAGUUAUUUCUGCAACUGUUGUGUAAUAAGGGGUAUUAAAACACGAGUGUGGGUUUAUCAGACGAGGCGAAGCCGAGUGUGAUAAUAGUAUCACAUGAGUGUUUUAAUACCUAAUUAUGAACAUUUGCAUACAAGACUUUAUCUACACCCAGAAUAUGAAUCCUCUAAAAGAUCUCUCAAAGAUUCUGAAACAGUUAGCUUACUGCUAACAUUAAAACAGCCAGUACUAGUAGUAACCUAAUAUCAUCCAUUACUGAAUAUAUACAAAUAAACUAUGUAUUAAUGAAACAAUUAUUUAUUUUAGUAGUAAUUUACAUUUUGUAUAGAGCAAUUAUUAAAACUCACUUGAAUGUUAUGUUCUUUUGCAGCGUUUAAAAUAUCCGGCGGUGUGCUGCCAAAACUUGAAUCGCUCUUUUUUUUAAGAAAAAUGGUGGGGUUUCGAAUAACCUACUUUUUUUAAAUUCAUACAGAUACCACGCAUCGAGCAAUAAGAAUGUGGCUGUUAGUUGAAACUUUUUGCGCAUGAAGGGAUCGAAAAAAACCAUGGAGUGUUGUUAUGAAAUUCAGUAUAACAUUAGAACACUCGUUUGGAUGAUGUAAUGGUUAUUACGACAUUGGGUGUUUUAAUGUUGGCAAUAAGCUAACUGUUUCAGAAUCUUUAAUAGAGGAUUUAAAGCAUGGGUGUAGAUAAAGUAUCUAUUAGCUGCUGCCCGUGCAGUAAAAAUAGUUUAAAAGAUGAUUAUACUUUAAAAAUUCAAAUUUAAAAACUAUUAUUUUAUCUUAAAUACGUAAAUUAGUAUUUGUUAAUAGACUAAGCGUAGCACAGUUUGUUCAAACCCUGACAUUUUUCUUAGUUAAGAAUUUUUAAACCCGUCAUAACUUGUAAAAGAAAAGCCCGAUCCGAAUAAUUUAAAAGUGGAAUAAUUUACAGAAACAUAAUUGGUAGUAAUUCCAGAAAAACGUUUCAAACCACAAACAUGUCGAAAUAGAGUUUAGAACACAAAACUGGUCACGUGAUUCAAAUUAACGGACUGACAAAAAAUGGCAGCCCUACUAUCAACUACUCUUUAAAAGACAUCAUGACUUAGUAGCCCAACCCACAUGUAUGGAAUACACUAAUAUUUAUUAAACUUGUAACACGAAUUCCUUAAAAUGUGAUGUUUGCGGCUUGAAACGUUUUUAAGGAACUACGUCCAAUUAAUCUUAAUUAACAAACCCACAAAUGGUUAAUUAUUGAUGUUAUGGUAUCAAUAUCACCACUAUUUGAAUCCAACCGUUUUUGAACUUAAUUAUAUAACCAAGGAUUUUUGGUGUCACGGAAGUAAAGACUGUGCAUGUUGUGACACCUAACGGCUGUUCCCAAUAUUCAGUCUAUCUCUUAUUGAGAUAAAAAUCGUAACUAUCGUUGACUUUUCUGUCCCAAUAAACUUAUCGACGGUAACUGACCUUAUCCGUGCACGCUGUCUGUCAAUGGGACUACGGAUAGCUUACCAGCGAUAUAAAGUUUGUAUGGAAAUUGCAAUUCAUGCGUCCCAAUAUAAGUCGAUAAGAAUGACUUAUCGGGUAUAUUGGGACAGCUUCAGAUUAUUGACAGUUAAUAACUGACAGUAGAAGGUAGUAAUUUGUCUCUAUCUGUAGAUAGUAUAUUGGAAACGGCCGUUAAUCUGUUGUACAUUCGACUAACACGUAGUUAAUAUUCGGUAUAUUUUAAGCGUAUUAGAAUGUAACAGCUACUGAUUGUCCUAUAAAUAAAUAAACAAAAACUAUUAAUGUGGCUUAGCUAAAAUUAUUACUCAGGCAUUAAGUUCUAUCGUGGACGUGUUUGUCAGCAAUCAUAAGUGCAAUUAAUUUAAUAAAACACGCAAAAUAAUGUCUUUUUAUACAAUAUUUUGAUACCUUGGAUCACAUUGUACCAAUUUAGGUAAGGAUCUCUACUUUUCUUUAAAUAUAAUAAAUAGCCUAUGUUACUUCGUAAAGAUGUACUUUACUAAUUGUGAAAGAAUUUUUAAAUAAAUCCAGUAUUUUUUGAGUUAAAUCUUAACAAACAAAUAAGAAAUCAAAUAUUUCCUGUUUAUAAUAUUAAUAAAAAGGCAUUAAAGGCAUUUAUUUUCUCAAAAUUGAUUCCUUUUGAAUUUUUGUUGAUGUCAUUUCUAAUAUACUAGACAAUAUUACCGCUUCGGAAACAAAUGGCUCGCUGAGAGAGAAGAAGCAGCGCAAGAAACAAAACAAAAAUUUAUUUAUUUAUUUAUUUAUUAUUUAACUUGAAUGGUGUGAUAUUGUGCUGUGAAUGUACUAUGUUGUGUGAAUCUCAUGAAAUAUUUAUUUAGAUAAAAUGUGAUUUUAUUAUGCAUGAAAACAAAUUCUGCCUUAAAUGUAAUAUACUAAAGCAAGAAAUAUCAUUGAAGUGUUUCAAAAUGGUAUGAAAAAUCAAAAAAAGAAUAGCAAUAUAACAAGUUACAUAAUAUUUUCCAUUUACACAAAUACAUUUUGAAAACAAACUUUAUAAACGAUGCGGGACUCGAAGUUCUCGUUUUCCGUGCGAGCGCUCUUUAAAUUGAACCAACCAAUUUUUGUAUUUUAUGGUAUGCUUUGAUCAACUCUCAGGUUGUGGCUUCGUUUACAGGAUCUACUUUACAGUUUUUACACUUUUAGUACUUUUUACUUUGAGUCCGGCAUCGUUCAUAAAUUUUGUUUUCAAAUUUUAUUUGUGUAAUUAGUCCUAGAAUGAGGGUUAUCACUUUAAAAACAUAACAGAUUGUUUAUACUUAGACACUAAAUUGAAUUCUUUCAAACUGUAAUUCAUUAUAUGCACAAUUUUGGAUGUGACUAUGUUAUAUUGACCUGGGAGGAAGGAAGUUCUAUUCAAAUUCAAAUUCAAAUAUUUUUAUUCAAAAUAGGAUUUAUAAUCACUUAUUGAACGUCAAAAUCUACCAUUUAUUUUUUAUCAUUUUAUUUUUCAUAUCAUUUUAUUUUUUAUAAUAAAACCAAUCAUCAUUAAUAGUGGUUUUUGUAUCUUCUGGGGAUAACUAUCUGUAGAAUUAUAUAUAUAUAUAUAUUUCAUCUUCCUGAAGAGCUGCAACCGCAUUUGGGAUUAAAUAUCGCAAAAUAUUGUAUUGGAUCCAAAAUGAGAAAACUUAAUGAACUAUGAAAAUGAAAAUUCAAAUGUAAUAUUUUGUAUACGUUUAAUUCUUACAGUAUUUAUGGCCAGACUUAUUAUAUACAGACAUACUCGCAAAACCUCUAAGGUAUCUUAUUUUCACUAUUUAAGGCUUAAUAAUAGAUAGUGGUAAUUUUAAAAUAUACUUCAUAGGUAUUCCUGGUUUAUUAGCUUCUAUAUAGUAUUUUUUUAGCUUAUCUUUGGAAUUUUUUAUUUCUAGAUAUGUAUCUUAAGAUCAUCAGGUAGUGUAUUUAAUAUCCUAUAAUAUGUAUUAUCUAAAUCUUAAUAUAUAUAAUUUAAGUGACACGUUGUUUGUCCGCGAUGGACUCCUAAACUAAUGAACGGAUUUUAAUGGGGAUUACUCCAUGGAGUGCAGUUUGGUCCAACUUGAGAGAUAGGAUAGUUUUUAUUUCGAUUUGGCACUCAUACUUAUUUUUAUUCUCAAUAUUUAUUUUGUAUGGACAUAUUUUCCAUGAGAGAAUUUAGUGACGCACAGUUUGACAGUUUCGCUGUGAAAUAAUUUCAUUAUAACAACAGGGAGCAUUUUUUACGAAAUUAUUCUUGAUGUUUUGAGUAUUGGCAAAUUCCUAUAAACGGAACAACGUCUGUCGGGGAAGCUAGUAUUAAAUAGUCUAUGAGCCAUUUUAUUAAGCUUUUGCUGUUGCCCGACCUGUCUGUAAGACAUAAGCCUGUUCACUUGCUUUAAUGUAAAAUUCUAAGAUCAUUUAUACGUCUAGAUAGACUAUGACAGCUGUGAAAAAAAAAUUGAGUUUAGAACUAUCAUCUACUUAGAGCAAUUCACGCACACUAACACAAAGUGUCAUACAAAUCGCGAGUGUAAGACGGAGCUUGUCACGCACACUAAAUUAAUAUUUCGGGCCUGUUUUUAUCGGUUGUCUAACAGCAAGAGACUUUAUCUAGACGUAUUAAUUAUCUAAGUAAAAAGUAAUAUAUUUGUUCGAUGUGUUUGUAAGAGCUUGUAUGUAUGGUUCUUAACCGUGUCCUAUUAUUGUUAAGUUAGUUGAUAUAUUGAAACUCAGGAAAAUAUUAUUAAUAAUUUUAUUUGAAAACAAUAUACAUAUUAAACAUUUCAACAAUUAUAUAAAAUAAUUCUUAAUACUUAUUAUAACACUUCAAAUACAAUUUGCAGAAAUAAACGAGUCAAAAAAUAAAUAUUAUUUGUUUAACCAGA